CCAUUUGCGAUAGUUAUUCGACUCGAUAGAGUAACCAUUAAUGUGACAAAGAGCACCGGCAACAACAGCAACAUGAAUUCUCUGGCCAGGAUCGGGGGCUUUGUGUGCCAAUCCGUACAGAUCGCUGGCUGUGGUCUGCAGCAGGUGCGAACCAAAUACGCCGAUUGGAAGAUGAUACGUGAUGUCAAGCGACGCAAGUGCGUCCGGGAGAACGCGGUAGAACGACUGCGGGUCAACUCUUUGCGAAAGAAUGACAUUCUGCCUCAGGAACUGCGUGAGGUAGCCGACGCUGAGAUUGCUGCUUUUCCACGGGACUCAUCGCUUGUCCGGGUACGGGAACGGUGUGCGCUUACGUCACGGCCGCGCGGCGUCGUCCACAAGUACCGGCUUAGCCGAAUCGUUUGGCGCCACCUUGCCGACUACAACAAGCUGUCCGGCGUGCAGCGUGCUAUGUGGUAGCGGCUCCUCCUGUUAGAAAUUUAGGGAAAUAAACCAUCUUAGUUGUUCA